UAAGUGGGUAAGUCAUGCUGGUCUUCAGAUGCUACAGAGACCCUUAGAUGUCUGUUUUUCCUUAAUGUUAACUAUACUGUUAGACAUAGAUGAGGUAAAUGUUAUUUGUGUACUGCUUUCUCUGUAUUUCUGUUGCCUUAUGUAGACAUGAUGUGGUCUAAAGAUGGAUACGGGAAAAUGUGAACUUAGACUUUAGGUCUGAUGGAGAUUAGGGAGGGUAAUUUUAGGAAUACAGUAGGAGUGUAAACUAAGUUAGGGGUUUCUUUCAUUCUGCUUAUGGAAGAGGACCAACUUAAGGUACAAGAAUUGUUUCCCUGUAUGAUUUCUUCAUUUUCAAAUGUUCUGUUGUACAUAAUUGGAAUAAAUUAUUCUAAAACUUAAAAUGCUUUUUUCCUUUUUGCAUUAAAUGGAGAUUAUUCCCUGCUGAAUAAAGGACUGUGUUCAAACGGUUCCCAAGAUGAGACGAAACUUUGAAAAAGCUGAAGCUGCUGCAUCUCAACAAGAAAACCCAACCAGAACCUCAAGGCUGCGAAUAGAAAGAAUAGUCCUGCUGGUUCUGGGCUUCCUGCUGGCUGCUGCUCUCAUUGUCAUCUACAGACUCGCUUUCCAGAUGAUACAAACAAAUCAAGCGGUCCAAACUCUGAAAGAGGAGAAUGAAGUUCUGAGGAGAAACGUCUCAGAAAUAAAUCAAUGCAGCCCAUGUUCUCCACCUCCAAAAGUAAAAAAUGAAACAUGUUGGAAAUGUGAAGCAGGCUGGGAGCUACAUGGAGGAAACUGUUAUUAUUUCUCCACUAAUAAAUCCUCCUGGGAGAACGGCAGACGUUUGUGUAAAGAUCUGGAAGGAGACCUGGUGAAGAUAGACAGCAGAGAUGAGCAGAUUUUCCUGGCAGAAAGACUAAAAGAAUUGAUGAAGGAUGACGAUGACAAGUUCUGGAUUGGACUGACAGACUCAGCGGAAGAAGGCAGAUGGUUGUGGGUGGAUGGAUCACUGUUAAAUGAAAGUUUCUGGAAGGACCAAGAGCCGGACAACCUGAGUAAAGAUGGUGCAUCUCAAGCUGACUGUGGAAGGAUGGGGGAGAAAAAAGGAGUGGACAAUCUGAAGUCCUGGUUUGAUAUAUCCUGUCUUUAUCUUCAGAAAAGCAUCUGUGAGAAAGGUGCAGGAACCAUACAGAGUUCUUCUGUUUGUGUCUAAAGUCAGGUUCAGUCUAUAAAACAGUUUGAGGUCAGGAUCAAGCUGCAGAGGUGCUGAUUUUAUCAGAAAAAAAAUGUCUGAAACAUUUAGAACUCAUUCCAGAUUUGUUUAAAUAAUCAUAAAAUCUGGGAUUUUUUUUCUCAUCUGUUAUAUCAACGCAUUGUUAC